GAUUCUGUAAUCCAUAAACUGGCAGGAUGGUGGUGCUGUCUCUGAAGAUCUGUGUGAGACAGUGUAAUGUGGUGAAGACAAUGCAGUUUGAGCCAUCAACGGCUGUGUACGAUUCAUGUCGGGUCAUCAGAGAGAGGGUUCCAGAAGCCCAGACAGGACAAGCUUCAGAAUAUGGGCUGUUUCUGUCAGACGAAGACCCCAGGAAAGGCAUCUGGCUGGAAGGAGGCCGGACGCUGGACUAUUACAUGCUGAGAAAUGGGGACAUACUGGAGUAUAAGAAAAAACAGAGACCUCAGAAGAUAAAAAUGCUGGAUGGAGCAGUAAAGACCAUCAUGGUGGAUGAUUCCAAAACUGUGGGAGAGCUGCUGGUCACCAUCUGCAGUAGAAUAGGUCAGUGA